AUAAAAAAUGAUCAAACACGAUGAAAUGUAUUACAAUGAAAGAAAGCCCGUGCCAAAUUUGGGUGUAUUUAAAAACUUUCAACGAUUUCUCUGGAAUCCUGAAAAAAAAUCUUUACUUGGUAGAAAUAAAGAAGAAUGGGCUCAAGUGUGUGUGUUUUACAUGUUUUUUUUUGGUGGACUCAUUUUACUUACUUCUUUACAAUUGUGGAUUACUUACAUGUAUGUAUCCUCUUUUGAUAAACCAUUCUAUGAGUAUAGCAAAAUAUCCCCAAGAACUUGGUUGGAGCCGAAUCGAAAAUCAAUGUUUGAAAUGUCAUCAUUGAAUAGUCAUGGACCAGGAAUUGUUUUAAAACCAAAUAUUAUACCAAAUUCGAAACCUCCUUUGAUUUUAAUUGACGAAUCUCACAAAAUGAACAAAGUAAAAAAAUAUGUAACGGCUGUAAAGAAAAUGUUAUCAGAGUAUAAUGUCGAUCAAUCCAAAUUCGACAUUAUCUGCAACAAUUCAUUACGUAAUCAAAAUAUGAAUAAAGCCUGCUACUUUGAUAUUCAAACAUUAGGCCAAUGUUCAAAAGCACCAUAUGGGUAUACUUGGCCACCUCAACCUUGUGUUUAUAUUAGGUUCAACAAGAGAUUUGGAUGGAUGCCUAUCUUCUAUAAUCAAGCUUUCUAUUUGCCGAAAACAAUGCCACAAUGGUUGCAAAAAACCAUUCAGAAAUCUGACAAAUUCUAUGUAUGGCUGUCAUGCGAGGGAGUGAGCAACAAUGAUACUGUGUUAAUGGGAGAAAUCGAUUAUCUGCCAAGUCCUGGAUUCCCUAUCCAAUAUUUUCCAUUCUUCGGACAGAUUGAUUAUCAUACACCGAUUGUAGCACUGCAGUUUAAAAAUUUAACAGUCAAUCAACUAAUCAAUAUAGAAUGCAAAGCUUGGGCUCAAAAUAUUGAUAAUGAAAACCGUUAUAAUCUGGAUUUUCGAAUAUUAAUAAAAAAUCUAGAAAUAAUAAUGUGA